UUCCCAUGUGGGAAAGCAUCAAACUUGGGUCAUUCAGAGGUCAACUGAGAGGUCGUUCAGGGGUCAGACGAGGUCAAGUGGGGUCGUGCAGGGGUCGCCGAGUUCCGAUUUGCGCCUUAACGCCGUCGUCAGUCGUGGCCGUGUCGCGUAAGAACGCCAACGCCGCCCUGGUGUUCACGCUUCUCCACAAGAUCGUACAGGUGUUCAUCGAGUAUUUCAAGGAGCUGGAAGAAGAGAGCAUCCGCGACAACUUUGUUCUUAUCUACGAGAUCCUGGAUGAGCUUGUCGACUUCGGAAACCCGCAGACAACCGACAGCAAGAUCCUAUCCUGGAGCGAGUAUAUCACACAGGAAGGGCACAAGCUGGAGAUACAGCCGCGGCCGCCGAUGGCGGUCACAGAAACAGCCGGUGUCAUUGGCUGUUCCGAAGGAAUCAAGUACAGGAAGAACGAAGUGUUCCUUGACGUCAUCGAAUCCGUGAACCUGCUGGUGAGGAGUUUGUUCCGCGUGCGAACGGCAAACGGCAAUGUGUCUUCCAGCGAGAUCGGUUGGUCUGCAUCAAGAGUGCGCGUGUUCCUGAGCGUAAUGCCGGAACUACUGUUCUGGGCCUCUAAUGACAAGGUCUUGUUCGAAAGCACCGGCCGAGGCAAGAGCAAGUCGGUCGAGCUGGAAGACACAAAGUUCCAUCAGUGUGUGCGGCUGUCGCGGUUCGAGAACGACAGAACAAUCUCGUUCAUCCCGCCCGACGGAGAGUUCGAACUCAUGUCCUACCGUCUGAACACGCACGUGAAGCCACUGAUAUGGAUUCGACGUCGGUGAUUGAGACACGCCCACAGUCGCGUGGAAUACAUGAUCAAGGCUAAGAGUCAGUUUAAGCGUCGAUCCACGGCCAACAACGUAGAGAUAAUUAUACCCAUAAUUAAUACCGGUCUACCGAUGGACGCCGAUUCGCCGAAGUUCAAGACGACGGUGGGCAGUGUGAAAUACGUGCCGGAGCAAAACUCUGCGAUCUGGAGCAUCAAGUCUUUCCCGGGGAGGUAGGAAUAUCUGAUGCGUGCUCACUUUGGACGUCCAUCGCCAGAGCAGAUGGAGCGGAAACAGCCGCCGGAAUACACCGUUUAAUUUCUCGAGAUCCCCUACUUCACGACCUCCGGCAUCACACGGUACGUGAGAUACCUGAAGAUCAUAGAGAAGAGUGGCUAUCAGGCGCUGCCGUGGGUGCGCUACAUCACACAGAACGGCGACUACCAGCUCCGCACGCUGUGAUAGCAUUGCGGCGAGUGACCCCUGA